CAUGCUUCCGGUAAAAGUAAACAGGAAGUAGAAAAAAUAACAAAAAUAAAUAUUUUAUAUGUUUAAUCAAUAAUUAGCUGACAUGCCUUCAAGAAGUGAAGGAAGAGAGUCCAGUUCUCGGAGAAGUAGAUCCCGGCGAAGCAGAAGUCGGCACAGAGAACACCAUCGCCACCGUCGAACUCGAUUGAAACGCGGAGAGAAAAAUUUCGCAGCUGCAGUUUGUAACAUGCUUGCAAUUGUCUUGAUAUGUACGUCAUUAGCUGAACCAAAAUGGAUAAAGCUGCAUGGAGGCGGAUGUAUGGUGGAGAGUGAGCCAUUACAUCAUUUGGGAGCUUAUCAAUUCUUUUUCCCUGGAAAGUUUAUAUCUCAAGAGCGUGAUUUCACAGACGACUCAAUCACCCAUGUUGUGUAUCAGUUUGGACCAAAUAUCAAAGACAAAAUGGACAACUGUGUCACAUUCAAGGCUGCAUUACUUAUGAAGACAGUGAUCGCAUUUUGUUUCCUCGCCAUUAUAUCAAGUCUGGCCGCCUUUAUUCUCGAUCUCACUUUACCCAAGAAUAGGCCUUGCAAACUGCUGCGGGUAAAUGCUAUUCCAAGUAUUGUUACUGUGAUAUUGAGUGUAGUGAUAAACUUAUUCUGCUAUUGGCUGACAACAGAGGUUGAAACUCUUCAGAAAGAGACUAAAGCUCAUCCAGGAAGCAAAGUGAUCAUAGACUUUGAUAUAAGUUUUUACCUUGUGACUGCAGGUGGCGGGCUUAGUGUAAUUGCUACUGCAUUCAACUGCUUGAAGCGCCACCCAUUGCAUGAGGAUAGUCAGGGGGAGUCACUCUUAGAUGACUAUGAAGGAAUGGAUAUAUUACCUCCCCCUGUUCCUGAGCCACCACUGCUGAAUCUCCCUCCACCUCCAGCUUAUUCACCAUAAUGAUGGAUCUGAAUUUCGUAGAAUUUUUUAUGUUGAUAUACCAGAUGUUUUGACAUAAGACAUAAGUCAUUUGAUUGCCCUUUGCUGACAUAUCAAUUAUUAUGUCAUACUAAAUUGGAUCUACAUUUUGUGUUAUUGGACAGGUAGGUUAAAUUCAGCUGUCUGACACUGAUACAAAUGUAUAAAAAAAAAUCAGAAAAUGUUAAACAUGCAAGUGUCUACUGUGAUGAUGAUAAAUCAUAACAACAAAAGUGAUGGGGGACACAAAGCAUAGAUCCACUUUGGUAUGGCCUAACUAUUACCUAUUAGUGCUGGUGAUGUUGUGAUUAAUCAAGAAAAAAUCUUGAAUAAGUAGUCCAUCAAGAGAUGGUUAGUGCAGCUUUUCAUCACUGACGAAUUCUGACAUCUUUAUAAUGGCCCCAACCUAAGUUUUAGUUUUAUACAACAAAAUUGCCAAUCGUAAAAUUGUGCAUUGAUAAUGGUCAGUUAUAAGACAUGUUUGUGAAAAAAAUGUCCAUACAUAGAAAUGGUAUUCAGAGUUAGAAAAAAUACUUGAAUUAAAAUUGAAAAGGUUAUUCUUUUGAUCACAUCUUGGAUACAUUUCAGAUACUAGUGUUUUAUUUUAGUCAUGAUAAUUUAGAUAAAUCAACAGCAGGCUAUUAUUUUUACUGUUACUGACAUUGACAUUUUGGCCGAUUCCUAAAACAGUAUGUAAAAUAUACGCAUAAAGUGAAAUAAUUAAUUUUUGUGGCAUAUUUUCUGUCUGCUGUGAACAAAAUUCUCAUUCUUUUUACCUCCAAAGGUUGAAAUCCACAGAUUUUUAUCUCCAUGAAAUAGUCUUUUUAGCUAAAACCUUGAAAUUUCAUGCAUACAAUGUUCGGUGUUUUUACAGUAUUCACAAUAAAAAUGACCAUCCUGCAGAAUAAUUUGAGCCGCACCAUGAGAAAACCAACAUAGUGCGUUUGUGACCAGCAUGGAUCCAGCACAUCCACGCAGUCUGGUCAGGAUCCAUGCUGUUCGCUUUCAGAGCCUAGGUAUUGCAAUUAGAGAAACCGUUAGCGAACAGCAUGGAUCCUGACCAGACUGUGUGGAUGCGCAGGCUGGUCUGGAUCUAUGCUGGUCGCAAAUGCACUAUGUAGGUUUUCUCAUGGUGCGGCUCAUUUUAUGUAAAUAAACAGUGUCAUAAAGUGCAUCCAUCUUUCAAGAUAAUAUUAACGUAAAAUGUAGAGCAUAUUUAACUUGGCUAAAUAAAAAAAAGCAGUGUAUCAAGUACUGUAUGUAGAGCUAAUGUUAUAAUUAAAUGUCAUACCAUAAAGUUGCUUCUUAAAAAGCUUGUAGUGUUUUUAGUCGUAGUACACAUAUGUACUGUGUUUAACUGUACAUUAAUUUACUGAGUGUGUAUCAUUAUAAACCUAAUGCAUAGUACUGUUAAUACACGUAACUUUGUUAAUUUUGUGUUUUUACAUAAAGUAUGUGUAAUAAUUGUUUAUAUUUUAAAAUAUGAAAUAUUGAAAUUUAAGGCACUGACCUCCAGAUCAUUCGACAAUUUAAAAAAACAAAGGAAAGUUUUUAGAAAUCAGAAAGUUAUUGCUGCAUUUGUUAAGAAGGCUUUGAAACUUAGUUACUGACAGAUUAUAUGUUAUAGAAACACAUCAGAUGUAGUUGUUUUUGCUAUUUUUCCAUUCAAAAUUGAAAAGCGUUUGUAAAGGGGUACUGGAGAUAAACUGCCUUAAUUAUAAAACUUUAUAUUUUGCAACUAUUAAGUACGUACUCCUCUACGGUGUUUUGGUCUAGAACGCUGGAAAAAUUUUAUUGCCACAACAGCCCGCGUUUGAUUCCCAACUAGGGCAUUUUUUUUCUUGAUUGGCAUUUUUUAAGAAAGUUUAGAAACAAAACAAAAAACUCAUGUUUUAAUUUUUCGUAAUAUGACCAAACUUCAGUUGUAAAGAAAGAUGAUUUUUUAGUCAAAAUCUGGAGGUCAGUGCCUUUAAAUAAUUUCAAAGUAUCGUAAUAAUACCUACCACGUCUAUUUUUAGCCCACCAUCAUCAGAUGGUGGGCUAUUCAAAUCACUCUGCGUCCGUGGUCCGUCGUCCUUCCGUCCGUCCGUCCUUCCGUUAACAAUUUCUUGUCAGAAUGAUGUAUUUAUACCCUAGUUAUGUCCCUCUGAAAAUCAGACUGGUUCAACAAUUUUUGAGUGAGUUAUGGCCCUUUGUUUAUUUCUAUAAUUUACAUAGAUUUAUAUAGGGAAAAACUUUAAAAAUCUUCUUGUUCAAAACAACAGGGCCUAGGGCUUUGAUAUUUGGUAUGAAGCAUCAUCUAGUGGUCCUCUACCAAGAUGUUUCAAAUUAUUUCCCUGGGGUCUAAUAUGGCCCCGCCCCGGGGGUCACAUGGUUUAUGUAGACUUAUAUAGGGAAAAACUUCGAAAAACCUCUUGUCCAAAACCACAGGGCCUAGGGCUUUGAUAUUUUGUAUGUGACAUCAUCUAGUGGUCUUCUACUAAGAUUAUUCAAAUUAUCCCCCUAGGGUCAAAUAUGGCCCCACCCCGGGGGUCACAUGGUUUAUAUAGACUUAUAUAGGGAAAAACUUCGAAAAUCUUCUUGUCCAAACCACAAAGCCUAGGGCUUUGAUAUUUGUAAUGUAGCAUCAUCUAGUGGUUCUCUACCAAGUUUGUUCAAAUUAUCCCCCUAGGGUCAAAUAUGGCCCCGCCCCGGGGGGUCACACGGUUCAUAUAGACUAUAGGGAAAAGCUUUUAAAAUCUUCUUGUCAAUAACCUACAAUAUUCAAAUUUGGACAUGUAUGGUUUUGAGUGGCAAGAUGAACCUUGACAUGAGUUGACCUUGAUUUUGACCUAGUGACCUACUUUCACAUUUCUGUGGCUACAGGCUUCAAAUUUGGACCACAUGCAUAGUUUUGUGCACUGAAAUGAAAUUUGGCCUUGAUUUUGACCUAGUGACCUACUUUCACAUUUCUCAAGCUACAGCCUUCAAAUUUGGACCACAUGCAUAGUUUUGUAUACCGAAACAAACUGACCUUGACAUUGACCUAGUGACCUACUUUCACAUUUUUGAAGGUACAGGCUUCAGAUUUGGAGCACAUGCAUAGUUCUGUGUUCUGAAAUAAAAUUUGACCUUGAUUUUGACCUAGUGACCUACUUUCACAUUUCUCAAGCUACAGCCUUCAAAUUUGGACCACUUGCAUAGUUUUGUGUAACAAAAUGAACUUUGACCUUAAGAUUGACCUAGUGACCUACUUUCACAUUUCUGUAGCUACAGGCUUCAAAUUUAGACCACAUGCUGGAUUGUGUACCGAAACAAACUUUGACAUUGACCUAGUGACCUUCUUUCACAUUUUUGAAGGUACAGGCUUCAGAUUUGGACCACAUGCAUAGAUUUGUGUUCUGAAGUGAAAUUUGACCUUGAUUUUGACCUAGUGACCUACUUUCACAUUUCAUAAGCUACAGCCUUCAAAUUUGGACCACUUGCAUAGUUUUGUGUACCGAAAUAAACUUUGACCUUAAGAUUGACCUAGUGACCUACUUUCAAAUUUCUCAAACUACAGCCUUCAAACUUGAUGCACAUGCAUAGUUUUGUGUACAAAGAACUUUGUCCUUGAAAUUGACCUAGUGACCUACUUUCACAUUUCUCAAGCUACAGCUUUCGAAUUCGGACCACAUGCACAAUGUUGUGUACGGAAAUGAAAAUUUGACCUUGAGCUAGUCAAUAAGUCUUGAAAUUUGGAACACUCAAAAAUGGCACAUUGGUGGGUGCCAAGAUCACUCUGUGAUCUCUUGUAUUGGAGAUAUGAAAUAAGUUAGUGUAAAAAUCAAACUGAAUAUAGAUAUGAGAAAAAAAUAUAUAUGAUUUUAUAUGUAAGUAGAUUCUUCUUUGAUACACAUGCUUUAGGUAGGAUAAAUGUUUACAUUUACAUGUGUGAGGGAAUGACAUUUGCAUAUUUUUAAAAAAAAAAUCUGGUACUUUCAGGUAAUAUUCCCAAUGGCAUUUAUUUUAAAGCAUUGAGUCAGAUUCUGUAUGCCCAGUUAAGUUGUGUUGUUACCUCCCCUUAACUGAAAUCUGGUUUAAUAUGGCUUCAUGGUUUAUAUACAUGUACCAGGGCCCAGUUGUUUGAAACUUUAACCAGCUGUUAGACUAACCUCUGGUUAAAUUUUGGUUAAAAAUGUUAGUCUAGGUAGGAAACACUAGUUUGAUGUUUUUAUUUUACUGUAAAGAUGUUUAAGUGUUCAUAAUUCUUAACUCAUACAUUUGUUUUUCUAAGUUUUCUAAAAUGUUGAAAUAUAACCCUAAUAAAAGUUAAUCACCUGUUAGCGUAAUCUUCUGUUAAAAUUUUGACCAACUGGGUCCAGGUUGUUCUGAACCUUUUUAUCAAGUGUUUACACGUGUACAUAUAUAGUUCUUUACAUCAUAAUUAUGUCUUAGUAAUCAUUGCUGUUUUAUGACUUUUGUUGUUGAAUCUUCUUCUUUUAAAGGGGAAAGAUAAUCAAUGUCAGAUAAUUUUUGUUAUUUAACUCAAAAAGUUUUGAGGACUCGUUUUUUUUUUAUUUAUUCCUUCUUAUACCAUUUAAAACAUACAACAAUGUGUUUGUAAGCAAAUAUGUCUUCUAGAGUGUAACAUAUUUAGCAGAAAUACUAAUUCCGUUUUGGUGCGAUUUCCCCCUAAUUUUAAUCACUAUGAAGUGAAUUUCUGCUCCAGAUUGGCCCAUCCCCCAUUUCCCAAAACUGAAAAAAAAAACUUGGAGCAGAAUAAGUGGAAAUGAAAAUCUAGUAAUGAUUUUAUAGUGGCUUUACUUUAUCAUAAUUGGAAUGCUUAAUUUCUGGACACCUGUUGAUUUUUCUGUUACCAGAUUGUUACUACAAGGUACAAACUGAUAUAAUAUAUAUUAACUAACUUGCUUUUAAACCUAAUUGCAAUUUUAUCUGUUAUAUUGCCCAACAUUUUUUAUAUAAACAUGUAUAAACAAAUUACAAAAGCUUUUAUAAGGUUUAGAUCAUGCUAUAAACAUUGCAUAGUAUAAUAUGACUUCUUUUAUAAAUCGCUGGUCCAUAGUUUGUACUGUACUAUAAAUUCAGGCUAUAGUUCACACUAAAUUUUGCUGGCCUAACAUCAGAACUUGAAGAAAGACAAGAUGAAAAUUUGUUUCUAAUGUCAUGUUAUAAAACAUUUACUGAACGGCUUGCCAGCAAAUAGUGAAAACUAUUUGCCCUAAUUUCUUCAGGACUCGGGCAAUAGUUUUGACUGUUCUGACUUAUUGACCAGCAAGCCAAUCAGUAAGUGUAUUCUGUCUGGAUUUGAAAUGAUUCACUUUGUACUAUUUUAUGUCUUUCACUGUCAUGUAAUUCUAAAAUACAGUUGUGUGCCCCGAACUUUACAGAAUCAUUUUCGUUGCAGGGAAAUGAUCAUCGAGCUGUCUGUAAAUAUUUCUGUUUUAAAUAGAACAAAUCUUAAAUUGUUAAAAAAGAAGAAAUCAUGUGAUGAUUAUAUUGUGUUAUUUGUUAUGUAAUUGAUUUACAUAGUCCAGUGCUUAUGUGUUAUUUAAGCUUGGUUUUAUUAAUAAUAAAAGAUGGAUGUUUUGUUUAA